AUGAAUGCUUAUUCAUUUUCUGGUAUAUACUGCAGACACAUCCUGGCAGCAAUCCAUUUUAAUGCUAACUUAUGUCGUAAGGCAAAACUCCAUGAAGAUGGUACACCACAGGUCAAGGUGUCUUAUCCAAAGUUUAAAGGUGGCGAUGCCACUGUUAGGGAAAGCAAAGUAAAACAAAACUUUGAAUAUGUGGAAGAGAUAUAUCAGACUUUCCUAAAAGCAUCUGGAAAUGGCACCCUCAAGAAAGCUUCUGAAAAAUUAAAAGAGAUGACACCUGCCCCCAUGAACACCAUGUUUGAAAACAAGGAAUUGAAAGAAAUUGCCAUCAAAAAGCAGAAGGCAAGAAAAAAUCUUGUUGUGGAAGAUGUUCCUCCAACAACACCAAGUAUGUACAGUAUAAUAUUUUUGGCCACAAUCAUAACUCAUUAG